CACUAAUAAUCGUUUUUGCCAUCAUAUGUCAACGUGAAACAGUGAAGUUUGACACAAUCUGCCACUAUAAACUAAGCGAAACAACAUGGCUUUAACUUUAGGGAGACUAUCAGUUAAUAAUGGCUUUAGGAGGUCAGUUCACCACAUUACUUUAAACUCAGUGAAAGGACAAAGAUUUUACAGCACCAUUUCAAAAGAAGAAAGAAAAAGCGCUGGCCCAGGUAAAGUAUUAUCCGAGGUUCCGGUUUUUGUCAAUAGAGGUGCAAGUGGGACGGUGAUUUCUGAGAGGAGGGGUACGGUGAUGCUUAUUGGGAUUAACCGUCCUGAAGCGCGUAAUGCAGUAAAUCAAGAGACCGCUCAGAGACUGACUGAGGAGCUGUCGGCCUUUGACCAGGACAACAGCCUUAAUGUGGCAGUGCUUUAUGGAGUCGGAGGGAAUUUCUGUGCUGGUUUUGAUCUGAAGGAGUUGGCCCACACCUCUGAUUCUUUCAAACUGGAGCAAGAUGUCAGCCGUGGUCCUGGUCCCAUGGGUCCAUCUCGUAUGAGGCUCUCAAAACCCUUGAUCGCAGCAGUCAGUGGGUACGCUGUGGCUGGGGGUCUGGAGCUGGCCCUGUUGGCUGACCUGAGGGUGGUCGAGGAGAGCUCCAUCAUGGGCGUUUUCUGUCGCAGAUUUGGUGUGCCAUUGAUUGAUGGGGGUACGGUGAGAUUGCCCCAGCUGAUUGGUCUCUCACGAGCACUAGACCUCAUCCUCACAGGCCGACCGGUUAAGGCACAAGAGGCUUUAACAUUUGGACUGGCAAACAGAGUGGUGCCUGAUGGCCAAGCACUUCAAGUGGCUCUUGAACUUGCCGAACAGGUCAGCGCAUUUCCCCAGCUCUGUCUCCGUGCAGACCGUAACUCCGCCUACCACGCAGUCUUUGACUCCACCUCCUUCACCCAGGCCAUGCAGUAUGAGUUUGACCAUGGCCUGCCAGUCGUUGUAGCUGAAGCAGUCACUGGAGCAACAAAAUUCAGCUUAGGUGCUGGAAGGGGUGGGACGUUCUCUAAGAGUAAACUGUAAACGGCCAGAUGAACAGAUGUAAGAUGUUAAUUUUACAGUUUAUCACAGGUUAAAGUCUAUGGACUGUUUUUUGACCCAUUCCAGACAUGGGUUAAGAUAUCACUUGCACAUAGUAACACAAACAAUAAUAAGAACUUGUUCUCAGUAUUCUGUAAUUGUUAUUAAACCAACUUGCAUAUCAUGAAAGGAUGUGCAUUUGCCAUUAUCAGUUUUUUAAAAACCAUACUGAAGAACAUUUUUUCAGGGGAUUUGUCUUGCAUGUUUGUAAGUACAGUACAUGAGUGGUUAUUUUGCCAAUGCUGUUAUGUUCACUUUCACUGAUCAGCCACAACAUUAAAACCACCUGCCCAAUA